AUGGCAUCAGCUGGCAGCAGGAGCCGUGAUGCUGUUCUCGCCCCAGAUGCUGUGGACGAAAUGAUAGCUGAUGGAGACAUCAUCGUGAUUUUCCAAGACUUUGUGCUCCGCUUGAAUUCUUGGCUUGAUCGACAUCCGGGCGGCAGUCUGGCCAUUCUGCACAUGGUGGGAAGAGAUGCCACAGACGAAAUCACAGCGUACCACUCCGAGAAGACGCUGAGAACCAUGAAGGCAUACCGGAUCGGCCGGAAGCCAACGGGCCCCUGGACCAAUCGAACGCCACCCAUCAGAGGGGGUGUGUUCCUGGUCAAACCCCAGCCCGACAAUUCAUUGGACGAUUCCGAUGCCGAAACGGGAAAGGAAAAGGACUUUGUCGACGAGGGUUACGGCAGUGCUGCCUCCCAGAGAUCGGGCAGUCUUUCUCCUGAACCCGAGUCUGCAACCGGGCGGCACUUAUCCCCCAUCCCCUCCCCGGCCUCCCGAGCCAACGCCCAGUCUGAGCAAGCCGUUCCUCGUGCCAGGGUCGGUUAUUCGUCUUCAUCUUCUCGUUCAAAUGACCCGGGUGACGGUGUCGGGAAGCCUGGCCAAGCUCAGAUAGCCCUGAACCCAGAUGAAUGGACAGAAUGGGCGAUUCAACAAGGCCAAUCUCUGGACAUCAGAGAGUACCCGUCUCUUGAUACGCAGACCCAGCAGGAAAUCGCACACAAGUACCGACUGCUACAUCGUCGCGUUCAAGAGGGAGGCUUUUACAGCUGCCCUUACAUAGAAUACGGCAAAGAGAUGGUUCGGUACACGAUUAUCUUUGCCAGUUUUAUUGUUGCCCUGCGCGCCGAGUGGUACAUGACGUCUGCUGCCUGCCUUGGCUUAUUUUGGCACCAAAUCAUGUUUACGGCUCACGAUGCCGGUCAUCGAGCCAUCACGUCCAUCUUUGCGGUCGACACGCUCAUCGGCUUGUUCAUUGCCGACUUUUGCUGCGGCCUAUCCAUGGGUUGGUGGAAGAGCAGCCACAACGUUCACCAUCUGAUUACCAACCAACCUCAACACGACCCCGACAUUCAGAACCUUCCGCUCUUUGCUACGUGCCCUUCCUUUUUCAAAUCACUCCGUUCCUCGUACUACAACUUUACGUUUGUCUGGGACAAGGCUGCCGAAUUCCUGGUUCCUUACCAGAAGUACACCUACUACCCGGUCAUGGGCAUUGCCCGCUUCAACCUGUACCUCCUUUCGUGGCUCCAUGUCCUCUCAUCCAAGUCGUCGGCUCUGGGAAGCAGCAAGGCGUGGUGGAUCCGACCUACCGAGGUGGCCUUUAUGUGCUGCUACUGGUUCCUCUUUGGCUAUGUCCUCCUCUGGCGCACACUGCCCAGCUGGACCGUCCGCGUGGCCUUUGUCCUAGUGUCUCACAUGGUCACCAUGCCGCUCCAUGUCCAGAUCACGCUUUCGCACUGGGGCAUGUCCACCUCGGACCUGGGAGAAGAGGAGUCUUUCCCGCAGCGGCAGCUGAGAACCACGAUGGACGUUGACUGUCCAGCCUGGCUGGACUUUAUUCACGGUGGCUUGCAGUUCCAGGCAAUUCACCACCUUUUCCCCCGUGUUCCCAGGCACAACCUCCGCAAGGUCCAGGCCCUGGUCAAGGAGUUUUGCGCCGACACGGGCAUCCCCUAUUCCAUUUUGGGAUUCAUGGAUGGGAAUAAAAAGGUGCUUGGCCGACUCGAGGAAGUCAGCGACCAAGUCAGGAUUCUGGUCAGUUGUCAAAAGUACAUGGCUGCCACUGGAGAAAGCGGAUUGCACUGA